GAGGCGCAGAGCAGACUAUCAGCCUGCGCUCCGGCAACAGCCCACAUAAUGGUACUCAUUCGCGUUUUUGAUAUCAAAAGGCAAAAACCAAUAACCAGCCGUGUUUUACCCUAUAAAUUAUAACUGUUGUGACUUGUAGAUUGUCAUAUUGUGUGUUAUUUUAUUACUACUUAGUAAAGUUAUUCGUUACUUGUCUGUGACCAAUGUCCAGCCGUGUGUAAUGAUUAAUUAUUGUUAGUUGGCAGAUUAAAAUGUUCUUUUAAACAAUAUCACCAUUAUCGAGCCGCAAUACGUGCCUGCGUUUGAAUUUAAUUCACUGUUUACGAAGAUACGACUAACUGCUUGACACUAUGGUUCUCGAGAAAAUCUGUUGUUUGGGUUGAAUAUUUUUCGAUAAAAUGACGAACCGAACGAAUAGAGCUUUGGAAUAUUACAAUGAUUAUAUUGACUGCACACAAAACAUGCCUUUGGACGUACAGCGUCAUGUAACGCAGAUGCGUGAACGCGAUUUGGAGUUCCAAGAAAUGAUGUCAAAGAUCAAAGCAUUGACGGGCAAUUUUAAUGGUUCCAUUACUAAAUUAAAUUCUGAAAAAUUGACAAAGCUAUUAAUAACUGGUUUAAAUCUGGGGGAUAAAAAAGUACAAACAGUUCAAGAUAUAGCUGAUUUGGUAGAUGAUAAAGUCAGAAAAUUAGAAAUUGGUAGGAAAUAUUUGACUUCUGCUAAAGAACCCGAUGCUCCCAAGCCAAGUAUCAAAGAAAAAUUAGAGAGCGGUAAUUGUUCCAAAGAACGAAGUUUACCUAGCACUAGUACUAGUACUGUUUCUAAAGAACUGAAAAAACGGAAUACUGAUAACGAUAGUAAUGAAUCUAAUAAUGAUGUUAAAAUUGCAAAACGGCCCCGACGUAAUAGAGCCGAUGAGCCAGAUUACAAAGAAAUUUCUGAUGACGUGGUAGCAUUGUCAGUCUUACAACAUUCCAACACGCCUUUACCAAGAGCCACAGCAACAGCCCAAGUACAAUCUCAAGUAACGUUGAAGAAAGUAGCUCAAAAAACAGAAACAAAAACCAAAAAGAAGGGAAAAUAUAAGAAACAACAGAAGGAUAAUUCACCGUCAUUGGAUGAUGAUGAUGAUAUAGCUGUUGAUCCAGAUGAACCCACUUACUGUCUAUGUGAUCAAAUUUCAUAUGGAGAAAUGAUAUGCUGUGAUAAUGAUUUAUGCCCAAUAGAAUGGUUUCAUUUUUCAUGCGUCUCAUUAUCAACAAAACCAAAAGGAAAAUGGUUUUGUCCAAAGUGUCGUGGUGAUCGACCGAAUAUAAUGAAGCCUAAAGCGCAGUUUCUCAAGGAACUCGAACGAUAUAAUAAAGAAAAAGAAGAUAAAGCUUAAGAUAUUGUUUUGAACAUAAACAACAAUCUACUUAAUUUGACUUGAUGUUUAUAAAUACCAAAUAAAACAAUAAAUUAUCUAGUAUUUAGUUUACAGUUUAUUCAACCAAGCUGAAUUAAAGUUUAUGUAUAUAUUAUUUAAUAAGUUAAAAAUAAAAUUAUGAAUUUUAUUAGUUUAACUUAAUAUUAUUAAAACAUUCAAUGCAUGCAAAUUUAUCAAACUUAAAUUUAGACAUAGGUACGUAAUUAAUUGUAUAUAAUUUGAUGACAUGUAUCAUCUUUACUAAUUUUAUACUAUAAACUACUAUGAUAACUUUUUGUAUUAUAUAAUUAUAAUAUAUUAUAUUUUUUUAUUUAAUAAUGAUAUUGACUAUUAUAAUUUAUCACACUAUUUUAACCAUUUAAUUCAAUAAAUUAAGUAUACAAAAUGUAAAUUUUAUUUUCCGGUAAAAUAACAUGUUAUAAGUGCCCCUCUAAUGUUUUAUUGUUAUUGUUUUGUAUAAAUAUUUUUUUUACUAAUUACUACUAUCUU